AUGCAGAUUACUAAGUCGCUCAUUGCAACCACCGUUGCACUCUACACUUCCGUUGUUCUCGGAGAAACGGUUAAGAUUGCCUAUACCUCCAAUGGUGACUUUCACCAGGAGGAUAUCGAAGCAGAAAGGCUCACAAAAUUAAAGCAUCCGGGAGUCUUGACUGAUAUCCAAAACACAGCUAACUGCGUUUUGUGGAGCCAUCACCCUAACCACCCUCCCGACUAUCAGGUUAAACGGGGCACAAAUAUCAUUAUCCCGCCGAAGCAGCUUGAUUACAUCUACUGCUAUGAGCCGAACGGUGCCUGGGUCAACUACGUGUGGUAG